CUAAACUUUUGGUCAUAUAUAAAUAUAGAGACAGUAGACAAAUCUCAAUUUCAUUCUUAAACAAACCAUGGCGGAUCAAAACAACACUGCCCCCUUUGAAGUGACGAAACUCGACCAUUAUAUCAAAUACCAACCAGAAGCAGAAGAUUUCAUUGUCGAUGUGGAGGUCAAGGUUCUCCGACAAGGAUCUUCUUCUCCUCCGUUAGAGAUGUUCUUCUCGUCCUUGGUCGAUGAAUUCAUCUGGGAAGACGAAGAUUGUCAGGAGAAAGUAGAACUCUACGAAUUACUUGUCGAUGAAGCUGGGAUAGAUGCAUCCGAGGCUCAGUUCUUGCUCUAUGACUUGAUUUUGUACGUUUGUAAUAUGACACAACCGCUUGACAAAAGGUUCACAGGAGUUUUCAGUUUGAUGUUCGAAGUUAGGGUUAAACCUGUCGACCUUAACCAUGCCGGUUCCGAGCAAACCAAAUCCCAAUAACCGAUUGCUGCGACAGGAGACGAGAAAGCGACGGAGAGGUGGUGGUGGGUAGGGUUUGUUACUUGGAAGGAAAUCAAAGAUUAUGUGUUCUUCCUUUAUUUUCUCUACCAACAAAUUUGGAUUUUUUCUUUUUUAAU